AUGGGCGCACUUUCGCCGGCGAUCACGCCGGUCCUGGUUCCGCCUCCGAGGACUGCUCGCUCCGAUCGUGCUAAGCUCUCUGUUCUGUGCAACGAGAGCCCGAAUUCGAAGCGGAUCCGGGUCGGGAGGAGAAUCGAGGUGAGAGCGCCAGCGGGAAAGCAGGCGAGCAUUGAUUUCAGCGAUCCCGAUUGGAAGUCAAAGUUCCAGAAUGACUUCGAGGCCCGCUUUCGCAUCCCGCACAUCACGGAUGUGCUUCACGACGCCGUUUCGUACCCAUCCACUUUCUGCCUCAAAAUGAGGACUCCUGUUAGUGCGGAGUUUGCGGAAGGUUAUCCAUCAGAUGAGGAAUGGCACGGCUACAUUAACAACAAUGAUAGAGUACUGCUUAAGGUGAUACGUUAUUCCUCCCCUACAUCUGCAGGUGCUGAAUGUAUUGAUCCAGAUUGUACAUGGGUCGAGCAAUGGGUCCACCGUGCUGGGCCCCGAGAAAAAAUAUACUUCAAACCAGAAGAUGUAAAAGCAGCCAUUGUCACUUGUGGCGGCCUUUGUCCUGGUCUCAAUGAUGUCAUUAGACAGAUAGUAAUCACCCUUGAGAUAUAUGGCGUGAAAAAGAUUGUUGGAAUCCCUUUUGGUUAUCGUGGGUUUUCUGACAGUAAUUUGGCUGAGAUGCCCCUGUCAAGGAAAGUUGUUCAAAACGUCCAUCUAUCUGGAGGAAGCUUGCUGGGAGUCUCCCGUGGGGGACCCUCAGUUAGCGACAUCGUUGACAGUUUGGAGGAAAGAGAGAUAAAUAUGCUCUUCGUCCUGGGUGGAAAUGGUACACAUGCUGGUGCCAAUGCCAUACAUGAUGAGUGCCGCAAAAGACGACUGAAGAUAGCUGUAGUUGGUGUGCCCAAAACCAUUGACAAUGAUAUCUUGCUUAUGGAUAAAACAUUUGGCUUUGAUACGGCUGUCGAGGAGUCCCAGAGAGCAAUUAAUUCUGCAUAUAUCGAGGCACACAGUGCUUAUCAUGGAAUCGGGAUCGUGAAGUUAAUGGGCCGUAGUAGUGGGUUUAUAGCCAUGCAGGCAUCUCUUGCUAGUGGACAAAUUGAUAUAUGCUUGAUUCCAGAGGUACCAUUUAAUCUGCAUGGACCCCACGGUGUUUUAAGUCACCUAAAGUACCUUCUCGAUAGAAAGGGAUCUGCUGUCGUAUGUGUGGCAGAGGGGGCCGGGCAGGAUCUUCUUGAGAAAACGAAUGCUACAGAUGCAUCAGGAAACAUCGUAUUAGGAGACAUUGGUGUCUACAUACAACAACAGACAAAGAAGUUUUUUAAAGGGAUUGGAUUCCCAGCCGAUGUGAAAUACAUUGAUCCCACCUACAUGAUCCGAGCAUGCCGUGCAAAUGCAUCAGAUGGCAUUCUUUGCACUGUUCUUGGUCAAAAUGCUGUUCACGGUGCAUUUGCUGGGUAUAGUGGGAUCACGGUCGGAAUAUGCAAUACUCACUAUGUGUAUUUUCCGAUACCUGAAGUCAUUAGGCAGCAAAAGGUUGUCGACCCCAACAGCCGCAUGUGGCAUCGUUGCUUAACGUCCACUGGCCAACCAGACUUCAUCUAA